GGAGCAGCGCCCUGGGUAGCCAGCCAUGAUCGCCACUGGAGGCCUCCUGAGGAUCUCGGCUAGAAAACAGGACCCUUUGCGACCCCAAAGCCAAGUUCCCAAACGCAAACGCAAGGCCAAAAAGAAGCGCAAGAACGACGUGGUGGUGGUGAAGGGCAAGCUCAAGCUGUGCUCCCUCUCGGGCCUUAUCGCCCUCUGUGGUAUCCUGGUGCUGCUGGUGGGCAUUGCCUUGGCUGUGGUGGGAUACUGGCCUAAACCCAGCCAGGUAUACAGAGAAGGCGGCUUCAGUGGGGGCAGAUACCUGCUGCCACAGGGAGGCACCCCCAAGAACCGUACCCGGAGCCAGGCAGGGGCACAAGCAGGGUCCCACCCAGAAACACCACCCAGAGCCAAUUCCUCCACUGCUGCCACCACCUGGGGGUCCCCGCAGUCCCCCCCCACUUCCUCAUCCCCCCAGGCCUCAGUCAGUUUCCUCUUCCGGCUCUUCUCGGGCUACUUGCACUCGGACAAGCUGAAAGUGCUGGGCCCCCUCAUCAUGGGCAUCGGUAUCUUCCUCUUCAUCUGCGCCAAUGCAGUGUUGCACGAGAACCGUGACAAGAAAACCAAGAUCAUCAACCUGCGUGACCUGUACUCCACAGUCAUCGAUGCCCACAGCCUGCGGGCCAAGGAUGGAGGCACCCCGGCCUCAGCCCCUCUCAAUGGCUUUGUCAACUACAUGCAGGCCCGGGGCCUGGAGCUCAAGCCUGGCAGCGAAGGCCUCGGUGCUGCGGCCAUGCUGGCCAAGAGCUCCUGGCCACCAGGGCUGGGUGUCUCUCUCUCCCCACCUGACCUGGCGUCCUCACCACGGCGCUCCUCCUUCUGCACGCCGCCACAACCACCCAGCCUGGCUGAGGCUGUGUACAGCAUCUACAGGGAGCGUGCUGCCCUUUCUGGCCACCCCUUCUCCAGCCCACCCUGCAGCCCACCAGAAAGCUGGGGCAGGCGCAGCACGGCCAGCUCCAUCAUUGGCUCCUCACUGAGCGCCUUCACCCUCCUGCCCUUGGCACAGGGUGGGGGAGGGGGAGGCUGGCGGAGGCCCACUGGUGAGCGCGGAGCCCAGCAGAUCCCACGGGGGGAGUUUGAACUGAGCCUGACUGACCUCAGCAGCAGCCAUGUGAAGGGAGGCUGUGGGAGAGGGAAGCACAAGCUGGUCCUGAGGCGGCAGAGCACCAGCUGCUUGCCUGAUGCCAGGUGCCCUCUUUCCCCUGAGCCCCCUCAGUCCCUGGCUGUCAGUGGAGGCCCAGACUCCAGCCUGUUGGUAAAAGCAUCUUCUAGCUACUCCAAAUCUCUGGAUCUGGGGGGGUCAACCCCCUCAUCACCCCCUGCCAUCACCAGGACGGGCUCCCAGAGCUCCCAGUCUGAGCCUUCCAGCAGCAGCAAUAAGGGCUACAGCCACCUGGAGGAGGCAGGCACCUCCUUGGAGUCAGUUGCCAACACCCCAGCUAGUAAAAUUCAGGACUGUGAGAAGGAACCGGUUGAGAAGACUGACCCCCUCAAGGAUACCAGCAGAGAACAGACAGGGGAACAACCUCAGCAAACUCAAAGACUGUACACAAAUAAAGAGAAACUCUUUAUGAUUUCUAGGUCGCACACCACGUUAGGGCUAGAGGAUGGGGAACUGGAAAGCACUGGCAUCUAAACAGAGAAUGCUCGAGGACACCUUGCAACCUGCUACACCUCCCCCCUCCCCACCUCAUCCUUUUGUGGACUUAGGAAACCAAUGAAUAUCCAAAGAGCAACAGUAUGUUAUUCUUGAAAAUUGAAUUUGAUAAAUCCUACAGAUGACU